GCUAUCCCAACCUUUCUUCAACAUUGAGCUGCGCGCCGCACCAAUAAAUAAAGCAAUUGUUUUGUGUACUAUUAUUCCCAAGAACUGUAAAACAAAAGAAGUUCUUUUCUAAAAAACAAAAGAAGUUCUUUUCUGAACAAUGAUGAAGGCCUUCUCCCUCAAUUCAUCCUCCUCCUCACUUCCUCAUACAAGCAUCACACCCAAUUCCUCCCCAAGGUAUGGAUUUGCAAAAUCUCAGUUUCGGCUUCCCCAGCAGAGAAAAAACUUCGGUGCUAGCAACAGAAACCCCAACGUUAGUUGGAUGGCAAGAGUGGGAGUGAAAGUGCGCUCCCCAGCUUCUGUGCCUGUCCGAGUGGCACAUGAGCUUCUACAAGCUGGUCAUCGUUACUUGGAUGUCAGGAGCAUUGAAGAGUUUGAGGCUGGUCAUGUUGCCGGGGCCGUAAACGUACCUUACAUGUUUAAAGUUGGAUCAGGCAUGUCAAAGAACCCCAAUUUUUUGGAUGAAGUACUGAAACACUUCCGGAAGGAUGAUGAAAUUAUUGUUGGAUGUCAAUCAGGCAAAAGAUCGCUUAUGGCCGCAUCUGACCUUGUUUCUAAGGGUUUCACUGGAGUUACGGACAUAGCUGGCGGAUACACUGCCUGGACACAAAAUGGGCUUCCCGCUGAAUAAUGAAGUCAUCCAAAUUUGGUUCCUUAAUUAUAAAGGAAAUUACCAUAAAUACGACUAAAAACGUUUGUAUAUUCCAAAAUAGGACAAUCGGGUUUUUAUUUGCAAAAUAGAACUAAUUACUGCCAUGUUUUGACAGUGCCAAACUUUAAACAUGGCAGUAUUUUCCAAACUUGGCAAUAAUUACUCCUAUUUUGGGAAUAAAAAUAUGACAGUCCAAUUUUGGAAUUUUCAAACUUAUUUACUCGUAUUUCGCGAAUUUUCCCUUAAUUAUAUCACUACAUCAUCGUUUACUUACCCUAUUAAUAAAAACAUGUCACCCUUACUGCAAAUAGUAAUGUAAAUAAAAGUUAUACUAGAAAGUUUUUAUUUACAAGACUGAAAUUAAUUUGAUUUGUUUAAAUCUGACUUGGUCUGGUUUGAUAGAUGUCUAUUAUAUAUGUAUAUAUAUAUGUUAUAAAUCUUGAAGUCUGUCUGAUCUAACAUUUUAAGUGUGUUAUGAUCUGAAACUGAAACAAAUCCCAAUUCUAAGUAAUUACUUCUGAAGUGAUUAUUAU